GAGAAAUAAAGCACAGAUGGCCAAUUAGAUUAUUUAUUUACAAAGGAGGUUUUAAGUGUUCAAUGAUAAAAGGACUGUGGAAGAAAAAAAGAAGGGAAAGAAAGAAAGAUAGAACUCACCUACCGUCCACUCUUUCAGGAUAAUAUCUUCCCUAAUCUCUCCUUUUCGUUUCCAAGACUAGUUUUUCCUCUUAAUAUUCUCUUCUCUAUAUUCCAAGGGUGCCUCAAUUUUGUUUCUCCCUCUCAUGAAAGAAGGUUUUAGCAGAGCAGCCAUGGAGGUCUUUCUGCUUCUUUUCUUAUCUUUAGCUCUCAGAUGGGGAGCUGCAAACAGUGCAUGGGCUGAUGGCAGAUUGAUAAGCCCCUCUAGAUUGGAAAUGUUUGUCGAUGAGCUUCCAGACAUGCCCAGAGUCCAAGGCUUCGACAUUACAAAUGGUGUUCCUGUCUCCAAAACCCUCAAGAUUGGCAUGUACCACAAAAGAUGGAAAUUUCACAGGGACCUACCUGCGACAGGAGUAUUUGCCUACGGUACUUCCAAGCGCACAGCAACCGUUCCUGGUCCAACAAUCGAGGCCCUUCAUGGUAUUGAGACUCAUGUGACGUGGCAGAAUCACCUUCCUCCGAAACACAUCUUACCAUGGGACCCCACUAUCCCAACUGCCAAACCCCUCAACAAGGGUGUCCCAACGGUCGUCCACCUUCAUGGUGCUAUUGGUGAGCCCCAGAGCGAUGGCAAUUCAAAAGCCUGGUUCACAGUUGGAUUUAAAGACACUGGCCCCACCUGGUCAAAGAAGACGUAUCGCUACUAUAAUCUUCAACAACCGGGGAAUUUAUGGUACCAUGAUCACGCGAUGGGGUUGACCAGGGUCAACCUCUUGGCUGGUCUGAUUGGAGCCUACAUCAUCCGUCACCCUCAGAUUGAAACCCCACUUGGACUUCCUUAUGGAAAUGAAUUCGAUCGUCCGUUAGUAAUAUUUGAUCGUAGCUUUCGUACAGAUGGCUCUCUCUACAUGAACUCUACUGGAAACAACCCUUCCAUUCACCCACAAUGGCAGCCGGAGUAUUUCGGCGAUGUGAUUAUCGUGAACGGCAAAGCUUGGCCUCGGUUGACGGUACGCCGUAGGAAGUACCGAUUCCGUAUUAUCAAUGCGAGCAAUGCUCGAUUCUUACAAUUAUUCCUCACCAACGGUAUGAGAUUCAUCCACGUCGGCUCUGAUUCUGUGUAUCGAGCUCGACCGGUCAUGGUGAAGAAGCUUCUCUUGGCCCCAUCGGAAAUUGCUGAUGUUGUUUUUGACUUUUCAAAGUCAACAUCAAAUUCGGUGAUCUUAGCCAAUAAUGCGUCAUAUCCAUAUCCAUCAGGUGAUCCGACGGAUGAGAUCAAUGGGAAAGUAAUGAAGUUUGUGAUCAAGGGGCAGCGUGAGGUUGACACUUACCGUGUACCCGCGGAAUUGAUCAAGUACCCUGCUCCUGAUGUAUCCAGUGCUUCAACCACACGAUACAUCGCGAUGUAUGAGUACACGAGCAACAUCAGUGAGCCAACACAUCUGUAUAUUAACGGCAGAUCAUACGAGGAGCCUGCAACUGAGAUGCCAAGAUCUGGGUCCACUGAAAUUUGGAACGUGAUCAAUCUGACGGAAGAUAAUCAUCCGUUGCAUAUCCAUCUGGGAUUGUUUGUAACAUUGGAUCAGACGGAGCUGGUGAAUGUUGAUGAGUUUCGAAAUUGCAUGACGAAGAUGAAUGACGCGGUGAAGUGCCAAGUAAGCAAGUAUGCACGUGGCAAGCAGAUAAGGGUGCCAAUGCAUGAGAGGGGAUGGAAAAAUGUGUUCAAGAUGAGACCAGGUUGUCUGACGAGGAUCCUAAUCAGAUUCUCCUUGAUCCAUUCAAAUGCAUCUUAUCCGUUCGAUGCCACAGCAGAGCCAGGCUACGUGUACCAUUGCCACAUACUGGAUCAUGAAGACAAUGUAAUGAUGCGGCCUCUGAAGAUCAUCAGUUGAGUAAUUAGUUCACUUGAAGAUCAUACAUAGAUAACCAAAAAAGAAGAAAAACGAAUAUGGAAAUAUAAUCAAAUGGGCCUUCUUCUUCUUCUUCUUUUUUUUUUUGGUGAAUAUCAAACAGGCCUUCCUGUUAUAUGGAUAUGUCCUCUUUGUUUUUAGGGGAGGGGGUGUGGAAUGGGGUGGGUUCGUGGGCUUGUCGAAAUGUGGGCCAGGGAUCAAUCCAGAUCUGGGCUGACAACUGUGAUUAGCACAAAAAUUUUGUACUUCACAUUGUAGAUUAAGGCUUUCUAUAAGGCUAAAUAAGCUAUUUAUAGCA